GGAGAACUUCUCUGUUUCUCACACACAGGCAUACAGAGGGGGAGAGAGAGAGUCGGGUGUGAGAUUUGAGUGAGGGCUAUCAUGGCUUCAGCUGCAAAAAGGAGAAAAGCCGCUAGGAAGAAGAAGAAGGAACUGGAGAGCCAAAUCGCCAGCAACCUUCCCGAAAAUGGUGAUCUGAUAAGCGAAAAUGAGAAGGAUAGUGAUGGCGGUGUCCAGAAUAAUUCCCCAACAUCUGAGGACCACCCUCGCUCAUUCGAUGAGGACAAGGAGGACUUGAAUGGUGGAGAAUCGCUGUCUCCUCCGUUCGCAUCUAUGAACAAGCCUCUAGAGUCAAAUGCGGUUGUGCAGAUUGUUGAGGAAGUGGAAGCCGGAGAUAAUUCACAGAUCGAGUGGAGGGAUGUCGAGGAAGCUGUUGGCGACGAAACUGAUGGCCAAGGAAGUGAGUUGAAGUCUAGCGGUGUUCUUACAAUUAAGGUUGUCAAGAAAGAGGAAACCCAGGGAGAGCUGGAGAGCGCAGGUAUCUCCCUUGAGAGGCUUGAGUCCACAAAGGAGUCGUGCAAUGGAGAGAGUGAGAGCUUGCACAUGGCGAGUUCAGCAGAGAAGCCGCCUGAGUGUCCGAUGACUCCAAGAGCGGCGAGAAGGACUUCAUGGAUGAAUUGCUGUGGAUUGCUUGAAGUCAUAACUGGGUCCAGGACAUAAUUUUCGGGUUUUGGUUUUACAUU